UCAAACUAGAAGCAUCAUUAUAACAUUUAAUAAAAUAUUCAUUGGAUUAUUCGAAAAUAUGGCUUCAGUUAAAGAUCAAGUGCUGUGGAACAACAGUCGCAAAUCAUGGCUGCUGUAUAUUUUCUUGAAACUCGUUUGUUUCCUCAAAUUGCCAUUCGCUAUUGCUGAUAAUGACGAUGGUGAAGUGCCGCAAACAAACAAUUUUUCGUCGAUGCUCAGCGUUUUAUGGGCCAUUCUAUUGGGCAUUUUAUUUUACUUGAUGUGGAAGAAAUACUUUGGUGUCGUCUUAAAUGCAAAUUUGGUACAAACCAAUUAUGAUGAACACAAUAAUAUACCUGAGGAAAUAAUUGAUGAACCAUGUGAUGAAAUGCGCGAUGGAAUACAAAAUGAGACAAAACAUGAAUUAUGCGAUGGACCUAUCAAUGAAAAACGUGAUGAUGAAUGCGAUAAAGCAAGCGACGAAAGAUUCAAUGCAAGAUUCAUUUGCAAUGAAACAAGCAAUGAAGCCGGACCGAAAGAAUUCAAUGAAAUACACAAUGAAGCAAGCAAUGAAGCCGAUGUAGUCGGACCGAAAGAAUGCAAUGAAAUACACAAUGAAGCAAGCAAUGAAGCCGAUGUAGUCGGACCGGAAGAAUUCAAUGAAAUACACAAUGAAGCAACCAAUGAAUUACGCGAUCGACCUAUCAAUGAAAAGCGUGAUGAUGAAUGCGAUAAAGCUAGCGACGAAAGAUUCAAUGCAAGAUUCAUUUGCAAUGAAACAAGCAAUGAAGCCGGACCGAAAGAAUGCAAUGAAAUACACAAUGAAACAAGCAAUGAAGCCGAUGUAGCCGGACCGGAAGAAUUCAAUGAAAUAUACAAUGAAGCACGCAACGAACUAGUCAAGAAAUCUCGGAAUGAAAAACUUAAUGAAAUUCGAUCGGAAUGCGAGAAAUCUGGCAAUGAGUUAAGCGAUGAUUCUCAAUGUGAGCAAUACAUCAAAUCGUCAUCAGUGAGCGGACUUCAAUGCCAAAGCAAUGUUGCUAGAGAUGAGCCGAUGUGCGAAAAGUUAUGCGAUGAUGAUUUGCCAUCAACAAGCAAUGAACGAAGCUUCGGAUCAAGCUCUGUAAUUGUCGAUGAUGAGCGUCCAUCAACAAGUCGCGGAAUUCAACGUUUGCGAGCAUUGCCAGUAUGCAUUGUGAAGCCAGUUGAUCGCAAUGGAAAUUCACUUGAUCGUAGUCAAGUUGAUUCCGCAACAAAUCGCAAUAAGCGACAGGAAUUAAAUGAUUUGCUUCGCACUCAUUCGAAUCGUAAUCUAAUCCGUCUAAUGAUAUUUCGUGCACGGCGAGUUAAGAAGAGAAGAGAGGCCCCCAUAGACAAGCCAUUUUGGAAUUGGGAAAUUGUUAUUAUAAUGUUUUUUUUGUAUUUCCUGUUCCUUGGAAUUUCAUUUUUAUGGCUUAAUAAGGGAUGCAAACAGGAUUGAUUUGAUUUGUGAAAAUGCAGAAAUGUGAAGCUCUUUUUUUCAUUUUGUUUAAUCCGAAUUUAACUUUGUUGUCCAUUUUUUGUUUUGCACUUUGCAUCUAGUCAAGAAAUGAAAACAAACAUUCGCAUAUGUCUAUCGAAAUGUUAUUAAAUGUGCGCUUCAGCAAAAAAA